AUGAUUCGAGAAGUCUUCCCACAGCCUCUUAAGGAUGAAUUCAAUUUACUAUUUUUAUGGUUGCAUUUCCUCACAGCGGGAUACAAACGAUCUAAGCAUACUUGUUGCUUCCUUUCGUUUGGAGCAAGUAGUCAUGAGAAAGUAAGACCACCCUUAGCAAGCUCAAGAGACAAAACAUAA